AUGGCACUGAGUUAGACAUCAAAGACGGGCAACGUAGAAUAUCAAAACCCCAAAUUGUGUGGAUGGGAAAUUAUGUAUGGAAUAACACUGCUUUGUAAUAUGUAAAUAUGUAGAUGGACCACCUACGCUAGCUAGAUUAUACUCUUCUUAAUGUAAUGUUUAGACAGACAUACGAUAGUAGGACUAUUCUCCAUCUGCCUCCACGACUCCUGUCUUCCACCCCACGUGACCUACUCAUAUCUGCGCCUGGGGAAAAUGAAAUGCGAAAUGGAGGACCAUGACUGCAAGGAGCCUGAGCAGCUCAGAAAGCUGUUUAUUGGAGGUCUGAGCUUUGAAACUACAGAGGAGAGUUUACGGGCACAUUUUGAAAAAUGGGGAUCCCUCACCGACUGUGUGGUAAUGAGAGACUCCAGUAGCAAACGUUCAAGAGGAUUUGGAUUUGUAACAUAUUCCUCUGUGAAGGAAGUUGAUGAAUCAAUGAAAGCCAGGCCUCACAAAGUAGAUGGAAGAGUUGUUGAACCCAAGAGGGCUGUCUCUAGAGAGGACUCUAAUAAACCAGGUGCCCACCUGACAGUGAAGAAGAUCUUUGUUGGUGGAAUCAAGGAGGACACUGAGGAGUACCACAUCCGCGAGUAUUUUGAGAAAUAUGGAAAGAUUGAUUGCAUUGACAUCAUGGAGGAACGCUCAACUGGGAAGAAGAGAGGAUUUUGCUUUGUCACUUUCGAUGAUCAUGACACUGUAGACAAAAUUGUUGCCCAGAAGUACCACUCAAUCAACAAUCACAAUUGUGAGGUCAGAAAAGCGCUCUCAAAACAGGAAAUGUGUUCCAUAAAUAAUAACAGGGGCAGGAAUGGAGGCUCUGGAAACUUCAUGGGCAGGGGUGGUAAUUUUGGAAGUGGUGGCAACUUUGGACGGGGUGGUUAUAGUGGAGGAAGAGGUGGUUAUGGUGAUGAUUUUGACAAUGGUCCAGGAGGAAAUUAUGGGGGAGGUCCAGGUUAUGGAGGAGGUCGAGGGGGCUAUGGAGGAGGUGGUGGUGGUGGAGGUAGUGGUUAUGGCAACCAAGGAGGUGGAUUUGGUGGCAGCUGUGAUGGAGGUUAUGGAGGCAAUGGUGGAGGUUACGGAGGUGGUGGAAACUACAAUGACUUUGGAAGUUAUGGUGGACAGCAGUCCAACUAUGGCCCCAUGAAGGGAAGCAACUUUGGUGGGAGAAACUCAGGUGGACCCUAUGGUGGUGGCUACGGCUCGGGUGGUGGUGGUGGAGGAGGCUACGGCUCGAGGCGUUAUUAAUUAUUUCAUGUUUCGGCUUCAGUUCUUAGCAGGAGAGUCGAGGAGGUGAGCAAAGGAAUUGUCAGGAAAGCUGCAGGUUACUUUGAGACAGUCUUCUGAAAGCAUUAGAGGAACACAGGAGUCAGAAAUUACUGCAGCAAAAAGGACUGUAUACACAAGACAUGAGUGCAGAUGAUACACUUCCUUUAUUGUGAUAGAUGUUUCCCCACACAGAAAUGUUCCUUUUGUGCGUCUGAGUUAUGUGUAUUGUUCUUAUGAUGUGAGGGGUAAAUGGUUAUCUUUUUUUAUCAGAAGGCAGUUCUUAAUAACUUUCCUUUUUUUACACUGGUUAGUGUCCUCCUGGUAAUAAAUAUUGUCUUUCAACAUGGCUUCUGUCAAAUUACAUAGUUGUUUAGGCCCUUGGAUAACACUCUAUUCCUUUCUUAAAUUAAUGAUUGCUCAAUUGCAAGUGUCAAGUGUUCUUUUUUUAUUUUUGUAUGUGAAGCAAAUUAUGUAUAUCAUUCAUAGUACCCGUGUUAACUAAUAUAAGAAGUCUGGAUUAGAAAUGAGGGACUACGUCACUCCUUUUGUUCCCAGCAAACUGAAUUCUUCAACUAUUUUGAUUAGUAGAAAAAGACUGAAUAAAGUUGUAUAGUGAAGUAA